GGAUGCGGCCGCGUGCCGCGCGGCGCGAGAGUCGGCGUCUCUGGCAUCGCUGCCGGCGGGGUAGUUGGGCGGAUAGACGGCGGCGGGAGGCGCGGCGCCUUCGGGGAAACGGAUCGAGAUGGACCGAAGACCCCGAAUGACGAAGUCGUCCGCCGGCCAGGCGACGCAUCACUCGCCGGUGGCGCCUAAGAGGGAGAGGAGGCCUAGCAUGUUCGAGAAGGAGGCAUAUGCACAGAUCUUAAGAGAAAGACUGAGAGAAUCUGUUCAUGACGUUCAGUAUGUGGAACCUCCAUUUGAUGAUUCAAUUGCUGAUAUAGGCAAAGAAUGGAAGAGUGCCCUGGCAAAAUUAAAGUUUGCUAAUUCAUAUAGAAUGGAGCCCUUGAAGAAAUUCCAAGCACAUUCAGUAGAAAUUAAAGUCCAGCAGAUGUUAAAGGUAAAGGACUCAACGUGGCUCUUCUGCCAACUGCUAAGUAUGUCUAUUCUAAUCAUGCCCUUCCAUAACUGGCUCAGGGUAGGUUUGGAGAACCUGAUUGCUAUGUGAAAUAGACAUGAGUUCACGCUCCACUGAUCAACUUCUGGGUCCCAUUCGAAACCUGUAUGACCAGGUGCUCAGCUUGCAUCUGCACGCUGAGGGUCAACGUUUGAUUUCCAGCAGCUGCAGCCCCUCAGCUACAGAUGUGUCUCUCCCUUUAGGUUUCCACCUCACCUAAAAGGCAGAUUGAAAGGAAAGCCAACUUGGGUAACUUCUGCCUAGACUCGGGACUUUGUGAGGAAAGCAAAGGCAUGGGAAGGCGGGGUCAAGCUCUUGACUGCUAGUUGGGAUGUGGAUGAGAAAGCUGGGAAGCAUGGCUAAAGGUGUUUGGGCUUUAGUGGGUAAUCCCAAAGAGGUGCCUGGGAAAGUAAGGCUAGUGAGGAAGUGGCGUGUCUGUCUCCUCUGAUCUAUGGCAGUGUCUGUCCUCUGUCUUGGAACUGGAGAGGACCCUUUUCAUGAGAGUUUUACCUCCUGCUUUAAGGAAGAAAAAGGAAGGGAAGGCUACUGCACUCACAAUUUCUUCAAGCACUUUUGGGUCAAAAUUAUAUGAGAAAGCAAAUUUUAGGUGGCGUAUUCUGAACCUCUCUACUUCCUUCCACCCCUCCAUUGCUAACUACAUAUUUAAAAUAAUUGAUAUUUGGCAAAGAUAUUAUAGUUUAUGGUUUGGGGAAAGAGUUCUGAUCAACGCUAAUAGUAUGUGUGAUACAUGUGUAUAUUUUUGGUCCCUCACUUGACCCUACCAUGUAAAUAAAAUUAAACAAAACAAUAAAUAGGUGAGGUAUGAACCUCAUUUACAGAAGCCACCCCUGGGACCUGAGCCCAGAGUUACAGUCAGACUAUGGAUUUGGAGAGAUUCCUAGACAGACAAGCAGGGUUGGGUUUACCCCGAGAGAAGACUGAUCUUGAGCUUGAGUUAGGUUCAGAAGAGAGCAGGUGAUACUGAGUUUUGGGACAAUAGAUGCAAGACCAAAUGCAGGUCUUAGACCAGCUUAGACCAGCUGUAUACAUGGAAGGAACCUGUCAGGGAGCCAAUAGGAGAAGUUGGGAGGAAGAAGAGAGAAAGGAGGGUAGAAUAGGAGGGUGCAGGAGAAUCGACAGAGGACAGUUACCUGACUCUUUUCCUAUGAUGUUGAUUGGUAUAGUCCCUGUGUUAUCGCAGACUUAGUGCGCUCCCGGAGAGCUCGCUAACCAACGGCUUUGUUUGUGAUCAGCACCUCCGUCGGUCCAGCUUGCUCAAAGUUUGUAAGAAAGGCUCCUGGCAUGACGAGGUGGCUCACUGAUGAAGUGCACUGGCUGUUUUUCCAGAGGAUGCACAUGGCGCCUCACAACCAUGUGAAACACCCUCCUCUAGUUUCCCUUGGCGCCAGGGAACAGGUGGCGGCGCACAGACAUAGAUGUAGGCAAAACAUGGGUACAUUUAAAGU